UGCUGUCUCAUCGGGCUGGAAAACCACUCAUACAUAUACACAAAUAAGAUCCGGCUGACUGAGCAAGGACCAAGAAACUGAUGAGGACUUACUAAUGGAAAUGGAUGAUAAUGGCCUACAGACCUCUCACUGUGAUACAAGAUGGUCACAGCAACUGUCAGGCCUUCCUCCCAAGCUCCUGCAGCGCCUGAUGCCUUUCCAAAGGGAGGGAGUGGAGUUUGCUUUGUCGAAGAACGGACGAUGGGUCUUGGGAAGACUGUGCAGGCCAUCGCCGUGGCGUACGCCUUCAGGCAAGAGUGGCCCCUCCUGGUGGUGGUGCCCUCGUCCCUCAAAUAUCCCUGGAUCGAGGAGCUGGAGAGGUGGAUCCCCGAGCUGCAGCCUGGAGACAUCAACCUGGUGGAGAACAAGAGCGACACCAUGGGCAUCAGCAGGAGUAAGGUUACGGUGCUGGGCUACGGCCUGCUCACCACAGAUGCACGCCUCCUGGUGGAAGCUCUGAGCAGGCAGAACUUCUCCGUGGUGGUGGUGGACGAGUCGCACUACCUGAAAACCAGGAACGCAGCGCGGACUAAGAUUCUGGUGCCUUUCAUUCAGAGCGCCAAGCGGGCCAUCCUUCUCACCGGCACCCCGGCCCUGGGUCGCCCUGAAGAGCUUUUCAUGCAGAUUGAUGCCCUUUACCCCAAGAGAUUUGGAACCUGGACUGACUACGCCAAGAAAUACUGCAACGCCCAUUACAAGUAUUUUGGGCGUCGCAGGCAGUGGGACUGUCGCGGGGCAUCCAACCUGGAGGAUCUGCACCAGCGGCUCAGCCAGACCAUGAUCCGUCGUCUUAAGGCCGAGGUUCUCACUCAGCUGCCCCCCAAAGUGCGCCAGCGUAUCCCAUUCGACCUGCCCAAGGAGGCCGCUAAGGAGGCCUCGGCCAGCUUCGCCAAGUGGGAGAGACUGAUGAAGGGAAUGGGGUCGCAGGUCGCCACCAUGGACAACCCCUUCACUGAGGUCAUGAGCCUGGUCACACAAAUGUACAAGCAAACAGCUAUUGCCAAGGCGGGAGCUGUGAAGGACUACAUUAAGAUGAUGCUGGAGGCAGAGCAGCUGAAGUUCCUCGUGUUCGCCCACCAUCUCACCAUGCUGCAGGCCUGCACCGAGGCCGUCAUCGAGGCCAAGGCUGGUUAUAUCCGUAUAGAUGGCAGUGUCCCGUCCUCAGAGAGAAUGCAGUUAGUCCACAAGUUCCAGAGCGACCCGGAAACCCGAGUGGCCGUCCUGAGCAUCCAGGCAGCCGGUCAGGGUUUGACCUUCACCGCCGCCACCCACGUGGUGUUCGCCGAGCUCUACUGGAACCCCGGCCACGUCAAGCAGGCGGAGGAUCGCGCCCACCGCAUCGGGCAGACGUCCUCGGUCAACGUGCACUACCUCAUCGCCAAGGGCACCUUUGACACCGUCAUGUGGUCCAUGCUCAACAGGAAGGAGAAGGUGACUGGUAGCACUCUGAAUGGGAGGAAGGAAUACCUGAAGGCUGAAGAGGGUGAUAAGGACAGGUGGGACUUCCUCAACUUUGCCAACGCGUGGACCCCGAGCGAGAUGGUGCUGCCGCUGGAGAAGAACUCAGGGAGCGGGAAAGACGACUUGUUCUUUACUCAUUUCGAGAAGGAGAAGCAGCACGACAUCCGUUCCUUCUUCUCCCCGGGCGCCAGCCAGGAGGAGAAGAAGAAGAGGAAGCGGAUGGAAGAUGAAGAAACGUCUCCCUCCUUCUCCUUGGAGACGAGUGCCGCCUCGGUUGGCAGAGGAGCAAACUCUGAGAAGAGAGAGGAGAAGAAAGACAAGUCCUCAACGCCAGACCAAGACUUCUCCCCGCAGAUGAAGAAGCUGCGGACGCCACAGGCCAGCCCGAGCCCCGGCCCGAGCCCUAGGUCUCGAAUCGGGGGGAAGCGGAGGUCGACAGCGAGGAAGAGCGCCCUUCUCUCCUCUAUGGCACCAUGGAAGCUAUCGGAGCCCAAAAACCCUCCUGCUGAGAUGUGGAGCUGCGGGGCCUGCACCUACUCUAACAGCAGCCUGUUGCCUUACUGUGAGGUGUGUGAGUUCCCACGCUCCUCCUCUGGUAUCACAUCAGAGCCUCUCAGGCCUCAGCAACCCCUCUCAACCGAGAGGGACCAAGCAUGCAUCGUCCUCUCUGACUCAGACAGCGAGCCAGGGAUCAGCUGGGGAAGAGCCCAGCCUCCGAAAUCGAGCAAAGACAAACAGAGCGAAGAGGAGGAGGAGAGGGAGGAGGAGGAGGAUGAGCCUCCGAAAGACAAACAGAAAUUAGAAGAAGCAGAGGACGAGGACAAGCGGCGGCUCAAAGGCAAACAAUCAGCGGGAGAGCAAGGCGACGUUGUCGCUGGCAGUGGCGGCUGCCUCCUCCCUGACCACACACAGGACCGGAGAGCUGCGGUGUGUCUGUCUUCUGCUGCGGAUGCUAAUGACGAUGAUGAGGGCGAUGAUGGAGAUGAUGCCAGCACCGCCCAUCCUGUGUACCCGGGCCUGCAGUUCUGCGCCAGCCAGUACACAGACCGAAUAUAUCUUUUCUCUAAGGAUGGUACAGCGUUGAACUUGAGCUUCAUCCCCCUGGACAUCAAACUAACCAACUGGGACGACCUGCCCGAGGCCUUCAGCUGGCGCCAGGAAAAUCGAAUACAGGUGCAGCGCUUCGUGCAGGAGUGGAGCAGCCUGGCGGCCAUGAAACAGAAACUGCUCCGACGCAGCGGCCUACUCUUCCACAGUCCUACUCUCGGCUUGCAGCAGCUGGCCACCGCCCAGCGCCCUCAUUCCAGCACCAAGAGGUACCUCAGUCGAGACGAGGUGGCCCAGGCCUCCACCAGCAAGGCCCAGCAGGAGGGCGGCAGCGUCAGGCUGGUCACCAAGGAGACCUUCUUCGCCAAGAGGAGGUCCGCCUCUUCUCUAACUCCACCUGCUUCAGAGAGGGAGGACAAGCCGUCCUGUGAGACAGUGGAGGAGCGGCCGUCAUCAGAGUCUGGCUACCUGCAGGCAGUGGACAGUCAGGGUGUCCCUCUGUGUCUGUCCUGCCAGCAGGCGUGCUCUACCUCCGGUGGGGCCUGGGACACCCGAUUCUGCAGCCACAGGUGCCAGGAGGAGUUUCAGUUGCGCUCCAGCCAGACGUACAUGCGCUCUCGGGUGCUGGAGGCUGAGCAGGGCAUUUGUCAGCAGUGCGGCCUCCACGCCCACGACCUCUUCCUGAAGGUCCGCAACGCCCCGCCUUCCCAGCGCAAGGAGAUGCUAGAGAACACUUGGCUCUCGCAGCUGUCACUCAAAGAGCUGAACGAGAUGAUCCGUGCUCCGGUUGAAGGGGGUUUCUGGCAGGUCGACCACAUCCGGCCGGUCUACAGUGGAGGAGGACAGUGCUCUUUGGACAACCUGCAAACGCUCUGCACCGUCUGCCACAAAGCUAGGACGGCUAAGCAAGCCAAAGAACGGAGCCAGAUGAAGAAGAGCACCGCAGCCUCCAAGGUUGCGUCAGACAUCAGCAGAUUCUUCGUCAAGAAAUGAGAUGGGAGGGUUUUUAACAGCGGAGGUUCGCCGCUCUAAAUGGCGCCCUGGUUUGUGAA